AUGGCACUGAUGCACAUGACAAAGAGAAAGAGGAUGAAACGCAGGAGCGCAGUCCCUCAUCAGUACCUGACCGAUCUCCCUCGAGCUCUUCUGGAAGAGGUUCUAUCCCACGUCGCCUCGAGCUCCAUAACCAAUCUCUUCAACGCCAGGCGAGCCUGCAAGUCCAUGUUCGAAGCUUCCUCGCAGCGCUGCGUGCUGGAGCACGCCGCCGUGCUGGAGAAGUUCCCCUACAUCAACUGGCGCAAUCGGCGCAGUUCCUCGUCUUUCCUCCAUGAGUGCAUGGAAAGCGGCAAUCGAGAAGCGUUGUUCUGCACCGGGAUGGCAGAGUACUUUUCCACCCCGGAAACGACGGAGUCUGGGAUUCGCUGCCUGAGAGCUGCGGCCGCGAAGGGUCACGCCGAAGCGAGGUACGUCUGUGGGAUGAUCCUCUUGUGCUUUGCCGGAGGAGACGACGACGCGAGGAAGGAAGGGUUGGGGUUUCUCGAGGGUUUGAGGCGAUCGGAUACCGUAAGGAAGUGUAGAAAGACGGUGGAGUCUGUAAUGGAGCACUUGUUGUGGGUGAACGGCGAUGGCCGUGGCCUGGCAGGGAGGUGCUGGAUGGGGAAGGACGUCCGGCGUGGAAGUUGCAGGUGCGUUGAGAGAGAAGACUUGAAGUGUUUCAGCAGGAAUCCGGACUUCUUAUGGCUGCGGAGAGAGGAACAAGUGUUGGAAAUCGUCGAGAGUCGGCUGUGUGAUCUCUGUUUUUGGGACUAUGAAGUGCCCGUGUUUUGCAACAAGUUGGGGCCGCUCAAUGUGUUUCUUUUGUGA